UUUCAGGCGCAACUUCAGGCGCGAAUUGGAUUGAAACUCGACUAAGCCACACUCGCAAUCCAAUGCAGCUGAGAAGCUUUCGGUGUACAUCUCUAUAACUACUUUAUUGCAGCUGAGUUACAAGAUAAAAUCUUGCAAACAAAAUCCAAAGCAAACAAAAAAAGAAUCAAACAAAGCGUGGAUCCAAGCUCCCGCUGGUGGUGGCACCAUUAACGCUAUGGCUCUGAGCAAGACAAACAUAUCAAAAGCUGGCGCCAAAGACGAGCAAAAUGAACUGGUCGAAUUCGAACCCAAAGAUGAAGAGGAGAGCAACGAGGCAGCGGCAACCAAUUGCGAUACAGAAGCUAUAACCAAAGAAGAGGAGUGGGUAACGAAGCGAAAGACAGAGCUAACCACGACUAGACAGAUCGAGACGAGAGUGAAGCGACAGGUGAAGCUGCAGGAUGGCAAAGUCAUCGAGGACUCCGGCCCCAUUGUGUCCACCAACACCACCGAGGACACUGACAAACAGGAAACGGAAACAACCGAGGUGAGUGGCUACUGGGUACUUAUCACCCAUCAAUCCCGUUUUCUGAUGCUGCUUCUCUCUCUCUCUGCACAGAAACGCGAUCUAGACCUGCCCGAUGAUCUGGAUGGGAACGCCCAGUUGAUCGAUGUGGCAGCCUUGCAGGCGGGCGCUGUGAACGAGACGCAGCUGGCCCAGCUGCAGGAGGCCUUCGGCCCGGACAGUGGGUCCGGCGGAAAGCUGGUAAAGCGCAUGGUCCCGCGUCCCGUGGAUGGGCUGGUGCGGCAGGUGGACGACAAGCGGGUCAUCUCGCACGAGGAAAUCAAGGACUACCACGAGACGGAGGAUAUUCGGCACUUGGGUGACUUUACGGAUCAGACCUACGUGAAGGCAGUUCGCGAGGGAGCCGAGGAUCUUGAGGCCGUGCUCUGUUCGCCGGAGAGCCAACGUCAGCUGGUGCCACUGGGGCCGCAGGUGGUCGCCGAUCGGAGCAAGUCGCGCAAGACCAUCGACUCGGAGGACACGCAGAAACGGUGCCUGGCCCAGGAGGACGGGACGCUGGUGACGGAGAGCAAGCGGACCACCGAGCACGAGCUCAUACUCGACGACGAGCUGCCCGAGAGGGAGAGGGAUGAGCGGGCCCUGCAGUUCGGACUGGCGCAGGAGCAGGUGACAACGACGGCGGCCAAUCAACGAUACUUCCGCCAGCGCGACGAGCAGCAUGUGGAUGUGCUAGCCAACGGCAAGUUGCUGUCCACCGAGAUGCGCUACGCGGCCGAGACGACCCAGAUGGACAAGGACGGUCCCGGCGAACUGGAGCGACCCGGCGACUGGGACAGCCUCUCGGAUCGCAUGCGCAAGCUGCGGCGCUCCCAGCAGCAGCAGCAGAAGGAGGUGGCCCUGCUGGCCGAUCGCAAAGAUGCACUGACCAAGCGGCCGCUCGACUUUGACCGCGAGGAGGAGACCCGCAAGGGCGAGACCAUGAAGUGGCUGGAGUCGCACUUCGGCAGCGAGUCCACAGCCUCCAACGACUCCCGGGACGACGAGGCCGCGGCCGAAGUGGAGCCCACCAAGAAGAGCUACUUCAAUGUGACCAUCAAGUCGCAGAGCCAGCCGGCGGCCCAUGUGCAUGCCCAUGGUCACUCCCAGUCGCAGCUGACCACCCAGCAUCCACAUCAUCCUCCCCAGCAUCACGCCCAUCAUCCGCAGACCCUGCCCCGCAGCGCAGAGAGGGAGCGGGAGAGGGAACGAGAGCGGGAACGGGAUCGGGAUCGGGAGCGCUUGCCGCCCGCCAUGGCGGUGCCAGCCACCACACUGGAACGCAAGCCAGCCAACCAGAGUGGGGCAGGACGCUCCAAGUACUUUCAAGGCAUUUCCAAUUGGUCGGAGCGCAAGGAGGCGGGACCGUCGGUGAAUCACUUCUCGUCGCAGGCGUUCCGCGAGGAUCUCCAGGAGACAAUACGCCGCAACGGGCUCAAGAAGAAGAUCAGCGGUCCCACAUCCAGCCAGGGAUCGGGACUGGGAACGCCUGCCCAUGCCAAUGCACCGCUGGACAGCCUGGCCAAGGACAGUUAUGUGAGCCGGGAGGAUAUCCUGCAGCAGAAGCGCCAGAGCCUCUCCUCGCAGUUUCUGGCCCGCUCCAUGCGCGGCUCCCGCGAUGCCCUCGACGACUUGGAGGCCAUACCCGGCCCGGGACCAGCGCCGGUGCCGCCACGCCCCGAGGAGCCAUCGCACAAGCGAGUGGCGUACGGACAUCGCCACAACAACAGCAACCCGGUGAAUGGAAUCGCCCCCGCUGCGGUAAACGGACGCGGCAAGAGCUACGAGCGCUGCCCCAACGCGCCGCCACUCACCUCUCUGGCAUCCAUGGAGUUCUCCGGCAGCGGCAGCAACCUGGGCCUGGCCCGGCCCACAGUCCCGCAGCGUCGACGUGCCAUUGAGAAGAAGCUGGGCGAGCACAGCCAUGCCCAUAUCCAUGUGCCCAUCAAGGCGAGCGCACCCCUUCCAUCGGUGGAGCCACCGCCGGACUACUCGCCGCCACCUCGCAGCCGCAGCCGCUCCUCGUCCCCGCAGGUGGACUACCUGAUGACGCGGCUGCCACGGGAGGUGCCCAGCAGCACGAUGACCCUCAGCAGGAAGCAGCAGCAGCGCACUCGGUUCGCCCCAACGUCCAACUAUCCGCCACCAUUGGCGGGAGGGGCAGGCGCGAGCACGGGCACCCUCCGUCCGGGAGCCACUUCUGCCUCCACCUCGAAUCUGUCUGCGGUCAGUGGCAGUGCCGGGGGCGGCCUCAGCAAGCCCAGCCGAAUGGGGCAGGUCAUUGGGAACUCGCUGCGCAAGCUGGUCAGCAAGAUACGUUCGGCCAGCGCCGAGCGGAAGUUCCGCAUGAAGUCCGCCUCCAGCAAGUCCCGAGAGCAGUCGCCCAGUCAGGGUCACGGCGGAGGCGGCGGUGGUGCUCCUGGGGGUGCCCCAGGUGCUGGGGUGACCACCUAUCAGCAGUACAAUGUGAUCGAUGGCCAUAUCGGCGGCGGGGGCGGACACCGUCACAGCAGCAACGAUUCGGAGGAUUCGGCCAGCGACAAUCAGCACCGAAGGGAGCGCGAUAGAGACAGGGAACGGGAACGGGAGCGAGAAAGGGAAAGAGAUCGCGAACGGGAGCGAGAGCCCCUCAAGCCUGAGACGCAAUCCACGCUAGCCAUAUCGACGCAGCCGGGACGACAGAACUUCAAGCGAGCCGAGUCUGCAGAUCCCCAGCUGCAGCACCUGGAGCAGACGAUCAGUCCGCGCCAGCGGUACUACCUGGGCGAGGAUCCCUACUCCAGCACCCUCUACGGGAAGGAGAACAUCUACGAGCGUCGCCCGCGCCAGCACUACGACCAGCGAGAGCGGGAGCGGGAGGAUGACUACUAUGAGUCGCGGGCUCCGCCGCCUGUCACCUCGUCACAUACCCUGGGACGCUACCAGAAGCACGGACAACGUUUCAGCGGCUCCACGCCCAAUCUCCACCAGCAGCAGCAGGACUACCGCUCGGCGCAGACGUUGCCCCGCAAGCUGCACGAGCAGCGCACGCAGCGCUAUGGCCUGGAGAAGCCCAUGCCGCCUCCCGGUCGAUCUACGUCCACCUAUGUCACGGCCCCGACCUUACUACAGCAGCAGCAACAGCAGCAGCAACAACAGCAGCAGCGUGGAGUGAGCCAGGUCCAGGCACUGCCGCAGGGUCCGGCAAAGCCUGCCCGCACCUAUGCCAAGGUCUUGAACCGUAGCAAGAGCUUCAAUGUGCAUGGAAUGAACGGUAGCAAUGACCCUAGUCCGAUCUACAUCGAGAAGCUGACCAGGAACAACUAUAGCGGCGGAGCAGCUGGUGGAGGAGGUGGCAACAGUAGCUACAGCAAUGGCUAUCAGCAGAGGCAGGAACAGGGGCUGGGACAGGGCCAGAGCCAGAGCCAGAGCCAGAACUACAAGUCCAAUCCGCAUUUGUUCGCCGGCAAGGACAACUCGCUGAAGAGCGGUCUCAAGAGUCCUUCCAUUGUCAAUCUGAUCAGUCGCAGUCAGAAGGAUCUGACCAAGAUAGCCACUGGCAGCGAGGACGACCCAGAUCUGCCCUAUCAGGAGGAUAAGAAACAGAUGUACUUGCGCGGCCUGCACCAGCAGGCCCCAGAUCUCUAUCGGGUCAUCCACGGCGACGAGGACUACGCUUCACGCAGCCCCUCCACCAAUGGCCACAAGUAUCCGUUGCAGCCCAAGUACUCGCUGGACUCGCGCUCCCCGCCGUCCGUCGAGCUCAACAAGGACACGGCGAGCAUCGUGCGUCGCAGCAGCGAGGUGGACUCCAAGCACCAGCAUCAGCAACAUUUCCACACACAUCACCAGCAUCUGCAGCAUCAACAGCAGCAGCAGCAUCUGCGACGUGGCUCCGGGGCCACCAUCAUAGAGCUGCGCAAUGCUGCCGGCCAUCGAAAAUGAUUUUCCAUCGCUCUUUUACUCUGUCUCUCGCUCGACAACCACUCGUUUGCCGUAUGCUCGAAUAUCUUGUACACACAGUAUGUCUCUGUCU